AUGGUACAGAAUAAUAGUGAAUCCUGGUCGCCAGAGGACACAAUACGUGUUCUUGUAGCUUCAGAUAUUCAUUUGGGACAUUUGGAAAAUGAUGCCAUUCGCGGGGAAGAUAGUUUUAUUGCUUUUGAGGAGGUUCUUUCUCUUGCUGUGCAAUAUGACGUAGAUAUGGUGUUAUUAGGUGGAGACCUGUUUGAUCACGCCAAACCCUCGCCAAGUUGUAUGUUUAAAUGUACUCAAAUUAUUCGUAAAUACUGCUUCGGAGAUAAACCAAUAAGUAUUGAAGUCAUAUCAAAUCAGUUGGAUAAUUUUUCACGUGCCGUAAAUUAUGAAGAUCCAAAUUUAAAUGUGUCUUAUCCAUUACUUUCCAUUCAUGGAAACCAUGAUGAUCCAGUGGGACAAGGCAGUGUUAGUUCUUUGGAUAUAUUGUCUAUUACUGGUCUUGUUAAUUAUUUUGGUAAAUGGACUGAUUACACUCAUGUACGUAUCUCUCCAGUGCUCAUACAAAAAGGUGAAACUAAACUAUCCUUGUAUGGUUUGAGUCAUUUAAAAGAUCAAAGACUAGCAAGAUUGUUUAUUGAAAAGAAAGUAGAAAUGGAAGUGGUUGAGGAUGGUAAUGAUUGGUUUAAUAUUCUUGUCUUACAUCAAAACAGGGCUGAUAGAGGCCCCAACAAUUAUAUACCAGAAAAUGUUUUACCCACAUUUUUAGAUCUUGUUAUCUGGGGUCAUGAGCAUGACAGCCAAGUUUUUCCUAUAAAGGAUGUAAAGAGGGAAAAUGAAGGAUUUUUUGUUAUUCAACCAGGAAGCACUGUAGCAACAUCACUUGCUGCAGGCGAGGCAUUACCCAAACACUGUGCAUUACUCCAAUUACACAAAAAGGAAUACAUAGUGACUCCAAUACCAUUAAAAACUAUACGUCCAUUUAUAUUUAAGACUGUAGUUCUAUCAGAAGAAAAUUUGGGUCAAGAAGAUGUAAAUGAAACUGAAAAAGUACAACAAUUUUUAAAAGGUAAAGUGAAUGAAGCCAUACAGGAAGCAGAAGGACUGCGCAGUGGUGACCCUAAACAGCCUUUGUUACCUCUCAUCAGACUUAGUGUGUUCUAUGAACAUGAUGGACAAGAUUUUAAUAGGGUAAGGUUCGGACAAAACUUUAAUGGUCUUGUUGCAAAUCCUAAUGAUGUCCUUAUAAUGAAAAGAGAAAAGAAAUUACGAGAAAGAAAGGAACGUUCAAAUGAGAUAGAAGAUUCAGAUAUAAUUGGUGCAGCCUCUGAUGCGACGGAUGUUGAGUCUUUGCUUCGAACGUAUUAUGAAAAUCUUCCUCAUGACCGCCGCCUCGCCGUUCUUUCUGUACGCUCCCUCACAGAAGCUGUUAGAGAUUUUACUAUAAAACGGGACGACGACGUAUUCCGUCGGGUACUAGACGCCCAUAGAAAAAGAUGUGUAGAUUCGUUGCUCGAAUCUAAUGCCGAAACACCAGAAGAAAUAGGGGAGCACCUUAAAACGUGCAAAGCGACACUGGAUAUGGCGGACGGUGAUAGGCUGAAGACUAUGAUUGCUACUGCGGCAGUCAAAGCUAAAGAGGAGUCAAGUAAGCAAAAUUCAGAACUCACGAAAAAUGUUUCAAUAGUUCUAUCGAGUGAUGACGAAGCACCUAUGGGACGAGGAAGAGGUCGGGGUUCUCGUGGCGGAAGAGGGCGAGGUAGGGGACGUGCUACAGGAAGAGGACGUGGCUCUACUGCCCCUGCGCCCUCUACAGAGGUGACCCCAGAACGCCGUACACCGCGUAGGACAGCGGCACAGAAAACUAACAAUUGGUUUCAAACCCUUGCAGCUGACAGGUCUUCGCGGCGCCGUCGCGAAUCCUCGGAAAUUGAAAUGUCUGAUUAA